AUGGAUGACACAUGUAAACAGCGUAAAUUCCCUUCCCUUCUAUUUUAUCAAGCGGUACGAGACCUCAAGCCUGUAUGGAUGUUGGAGGACAUGCGCACCAUGGAGACCUUUUACUGGGAAGAAAACGCGAACCAGAGAACGUACACGCCAUCAGAGGCGCUUCUGUACGCUAUUGUGCACGACCAUCAAGCAUACGCACAGUAUCUGCUUAGUCAUUAUUCAGGCGAAGCACUGGCGAUGCCAGGUGAGCGAUUUUGCUGCUGCCCAUCGUCUGCUCCUCAUUUAGCGAUGGCAGUUAGGUAUGACAGGCGGGAUAUCCUGAGCCUUAUUUUAGGAGUAGCGCAUCGGCUCCCCGGUAUGGGCUCGUACAUGAACCGUACAGGUUGCUUUCAUCUGGAGGAUGGCAAGACCCCGCUCCACCUUGCCUGCGAGCUACUACGAUCAGAAACAGUCAUGCUGUUAUUAGGUAACGGUGCGUCGCCCCAGGCUGAGGACCACAACGGAAUGACACCUCUAGACGUCAUCCUUGAACAGCUUUGGGACUCUAAGGUAAAUAUUAGGGCAAAAAACAUGUGCUUGGACAACCUGUUGAUGUUCAUGCCAGAAAUUCGUUUCAAACUGAAAAGCUCUUUGCAGAAAGAUCCAACAUGCUGGACCAAAGUCCUAGGAGAGGACAAAUUCAACUACCUCAUCGGAAACAAACCGGCCCCACUGUUUCUCAUCGCUAUGCAAAGGAUUCUCCUGCAGCUACCGCCAGAGCAGUUCCCCAACAGUCUGGACAAACUCCCUAUACCAAGGUGUCUAAAGCCACUUCCAGAAGCCAGCAGACAACGUGAACACUUCAAAAUGUUUUAA